AUGGUCAACCUUAACAGGCGUCUGGCCGUCCUCAACCCCCUUCUCGAUAUACGAACUGGUCCUGGCGCAAUCAGACUACCCAAUUCACCACAUCCACAUUUAUUCCGUCUCGAGCUCAAAUACCCCAAGAGCAGGAAGAUCAAACCGAGCAAAGUUACGAGCGGCGCACAUGGCUUCCACAAGUCAAUAUUACCGGGCUUGAAAUAUUACAACCCAGCUCUUGACGUUGACGUCCAGACCUAUCCUAAGAGUCCAACCCUGCUCACUCUCCACUUCCAAUGCAAACAUCCCGACAAACUACGAGAGCUUGCGCAGCCCAGCAGAAAAAUCGCAUCUGUGGAUAACUCUGCGGACCCCAGCUACGAGGAUCCAGAAGCCCCACGACCGAGCGCCGCAAACGACGAGGUCACGUUAAAACCCGUAUCUGCAGAUUCACAUUUACCUCAGCCACUGUACCAACGAUCCGUCACUCUCGCGCUGCGUGGGCGAGCAACGUGGGAUAUCGUCAGAUGGUUCAACGACCGGACAAAUGGGCAGAGGAUAGGAGUGUCGGCUGAGGACAAAAAGAAGAGGAAGGAGAUCAAGGCGAGGCAGGCUGCGGCAGAUGCAGACAGAGAGCUGAGUAAGAUCAACCAGGCAGCGUUGGACAGGGAAAAGAGUAUCCUUGAGCAGGCGAAGAAACUCGCCGAGGUAAACGCUGCGGAGGCUUCAUGA